UACGCCUUCCCGCGCCAUGGGCGGCUCGGCCUCCAGCCAGCUGGACGAGGGCAAGUGCGCCUACAUCCGAGGGAAAACUGAGGCUGCUAUCAAAAACUUUAGUCCCUACUACAGCCGCCAGUACUCGGUGGCUUUCUGCAAUCAUGUACGCAGUGAGGUGGAACAGCACCGGGAUUUAGCAUCACAGUUAUUGAAGACCAAGCCACCAUUGGAGCCUGGUACUGUUAUAUAUGAAGCAGAGCUAUCACAGUUUGCUGAAGACAUAAAGAAAUGGAAGGAGAGAUAUGUUGUGAUUAAAAAUGAUUUUGCUGUGGAAAGCUAUGAGAAUAAAGAGGCUUAUCAGAAAGGAGCUGCUCCUAAGAGCCGAAUUCUUCCAGUUGGUGGCAAAGUAUUAACCUCAGACAAUGAAUACAAUUUAUUAUCCGAUCGGCAUUUUCCAGACCCUAUUGCAUCCAGCGAGAAGGAGACCAGCCAGCCUUUUGUGGCCCUGCCGAAGGAGUUCCCCGUGUACCUGUGGCAGCCAUUCGUCAGGCACGGCUACUUCUGCUUCCGGGAGGCCGCGGAGCAGAGGAAGUUCAGCGCCCUGCUUUGCGACUGCAUCCGGCACCUGAACCAUGAUUACAUGAAGCACAUGACAUUUGAAGCCCAAGCCUUUUUAGAAGCUGUGCAGUUCUUCCAGCAGGAGAAGGGGCACUAUGGUUCGUGGGAAAUGAACAUUGGAGAUGAAACCCAAAUCCUGAGUAGCCUGGUCAUGGAGGAACUCCUGCCAACCCUCCAGACAGACCUGUUGCCCAAAAUGAAGGGGAAGAAGAAUGAGAGAAAGCGGGCCUGGUUCAGUCUCCUGGAAGAGGCCUACAACAUGGUGCAGAGUCAGGUUUCAGAAGGAUUAAGCGCCUUGAAGGAGGAAUGCAGAGCUCUGACGAAGGGCCUGGAAGGAACUGUGCGUUCAGACAUGGAUCAGAUUGUGAACUCAAAGAACUUUUUAACUGGAAAAAUCAAAGGGAUGGUAGCACAGCCAGCAGAGAAAAGCUGUGCCGAGAACGUGCAGCCGUUCCUGGCGUCCAUUCUGGAGGAGCUCAUGGGACCAGUGAGCUCAGGGUUCAGUGAAGUACGCUCACUCUUUGAAAAAGAAGUGGAUGAACUUAGCCAGAACUUUCAGGCCACCAAAGACAGUACCCAGCUAAAGGAGCAUCUAGAACAGCUUAAGAAUCUUUCGAUGGAUUCUGUGAAGAUGGAACCUUGUUAUAUCAGAGUCAACCAGCUCCAAGAGCGCUUACAGGAUCUCAGGAGCCGCUUCAGGUUCCCCCACGUGGACGUGGUGGUGCAGAGGACACAGAACUACAUGCAAGAGUUGAUGGGCAAUGCUGUCUUCACUCUUGAGCAGUUGCUUUCCCCACACCUCCAAGGAGAAGCUUCCAAAAUUGCAGCUGCCAUUGAGAAGGUGAAGCUCCGAGUCUUAAAGCAAUAUGAUUAUGACAGCAGCACCAUCCGGAAGAGAAUAUUUCAAGAGGCGCUGGUUCAAAUCACACUUCCCACCAUGCAGAAGGCACUGGCGGCCACAUGCAAACCAGAGCUUCAGAAAUACGAGCAGUUCAUCUUUGCUGACCACACCAACAUGAUCCAUGUUGAAAAUGUCUAUGAAGAGAUUUUACAUCAGAUCCUCCUGGAUGAAACCCUAAAAGUGAUAAAGGAAGCUGCCAUCCUGAAGAAGCACAACUUAUUUGAAGACAACAUGACCUUGCCCAGUGAAAGUGUGUCCAGCUUAAUCGAUCUAAAAACCUCUAUAGGUUCAAACCAAGCCAGCCCUGCCCGGAGAGCGUCCGCCAUUCUGCCUGGGGGUCCAAGUGAUGGGACCCUAAAUAACGAAGUAUUCCAGGAGUCAGGGGAGAAGCAGAAGCCAGGGGGCCCUAGUCAGCUGCCCAAAGGAGAAAGUCCUCUCCCUAUGGCCAGUCUUCCUGCCGGUGGAGUUGGGCAGGUGAUUAUUUCAAGCGUGGAUGAGCUUCCUGGGGCUCCUGUGACUGAAGAGGCUCCAGCAGCAGUGGCAGGCACACACUUGGCAGAACCGGAGUUUGGAGGGUCUCCUGAGGAUGAAGCCUCCACCCACCUAAAGCCAGAAUCUGCAUCUCCUUCAGGUUCCUUAAAGGAGCUCAGAAAUCUGCUGACAGUGGCCAUUGAGGUGCCGGUAGAAUCUGUCCACCUCGAGAUUGAAAAAGAUACAAUUAAGGAGACCCUGGUUCCUCCAGAAAUUGAAAAAGAAGAGGCAGCAACCCAUGUCUCCACAAAGGCCAGUCAGGCAGAAGCCUCCAGUCAGGACAACUGUGAAGAAAGUCAAAUGAGCAAGGAGGAGGCUUCUCCCCUUAGAGAGGCCCAGGCUGCUGGGACAGAAUUGGAGGAGUUUCCAGAGGCUCAGCCAGCCUGUGGAGGCGCCACCGGAGAGGUCGGCAGCCCAGACUCCACAGAGGAGCAGGCCGAGCCUGAAGAGCCUGCAGAAAGGGAUCUCCCAGGGAGGGCUUGCCCACUGGAGGCCCACUCUGUGGAGGGAAAGGCCCUGCCCCAGGGAGAUUGUGCCUUCAGUUCUGCCCCCACCGGCUCCCAUGAGAGCCAGGUUUCUGUGGAAGGAGAAGAGGCGGGAGGACAAUGCAGCACAGCCCAGACUCCCGCCAGCAUGGAUGCAGAGAUGCAGGCUGACCCUCCGCGUGUUUAUGAGUGUCAGUGGGUGGUCGAGAAUCCGCCAGACCUCGAUAGCCUAGGCUCACAGAAGGAGGAGAGUGGCCCUGAGCCACCCUCUGAGGAGUAAAUAGGACAAUGUGGCAGAAGUAUUCCUUUGAAUAAAUUCAGCCAAGGGUUCUAGUUAUAGGUACACUUAAAGGUUGCAUGCAAAUUGUUACAAAAAUAUUUUUAAUUACUUCCUUAAUCUAUAUGAUGAAACAAGCCAUGCAGACUGAGGCAAACCUUGGUGGAACUGAACAGUUCUAUCAUGAACAUUGCUUUAGCGUGUUAAUAGGGAUUUCACAGUGAUGGAGUGUUGGGGUGAGAGGCAGCUGAGGAGGUUGGGUUGCCACAAACACUGAAAACAGGAGGAGCUCAACCUCCAGCACUCCGCACAUUUUCUCCUAAUGCACUUUAAGGCUUUUUAAUUUUUUCUAAGAAUGCAAAUGCAAAUCCAGCUUCACAACCUCUUAUGCCAACUUCACUGUCUCUUAAGGGCUCAGCACCUAUCCACAGUUGGGCUGUAAGGAAGUGUGGGAUGUGACCGCAAGGCUCUUGCCUCAUGCAGCCUACCAAGUCUGAGACAUCUGCAGGGACGCUGAGCUGAACUGGAGGAAAGUUGUGGUCUAUGGAGCUGUCUGGGCCUGUCACUAAUUCUGCUGUCAAUUUCAAGUUCAUUAAUCUUGUUGAUUUUUAUUAAUUAAUCACCUUUUAGGGAAAUUAAGAGGAGACAAGAAAGUUUCCUUGGCAUGUUCAAGCCUGAAAGCAUUCCAAAUUAGCCUUAGACCAUGCUGAGAAAGAGCUUAGCUAAGUGACUGAGCUUCCAACCUACCAGUCAACAAAUAUUACUAAGCAGUUACUCUAUACCAUGUACUACAUUAAACAUAGUAACAAAAAUAAGAAAAGAUACUACAGGGUUUUGUAUAGUGUAAGUUAAAGAACCCAAGGGAAUUAACUCUAGGAGGAAAAACUGUGCUAGUUUUCAAAGCAUGACAGCUUUCUAUUUUCCUACUCAAAUAGUCCUGCCUCAUUCCCAGAAGGAAAUAAAGUGAAUAAAUGAAUCAUCAAUAAGAAAUGAAGAGAGGGAGGGAAUGAGGGAAACAGAGAGAAGCCAAAAUGCGUAUUAUCAAGUUCCAAAGAUUUUACCAAGAGUAGAAAUAAUUUGUUAACUCAUCUGGCAAGUUACCUAGGUCCCCUGAGAUCCCCAGAGCUUGAGACUUUGUAGUCAAAAAGAUUUUUUUAUUUCAUUUUUAAUGGAAAUAAACACAGAUCUAUCUUCUAAAUGGAGCAUGACGCAUAGCUGUUCAUGUUAAAGCUGGAAUGGACUAAACUUGCAAAAGAUGAAGAACACAGGUUCUAUAAUCCUUCAGAAAAAUUCCAGAUAAUUUCCUUAAGCUUCAUUCCUAGAAACUACAUCUUGAUAUUUUCUUCCAUAGAUUUUAAUAUUAAUUCCCAAACACAUUAUCCUAAGAGCUUGUUUGCAUCAUCAGCAACAAGUAAAUUUGUAUUUGUUCUGUACAUAUCUGUCCCACAAUCUAACUUAGCCAUUUAGAAUUGAAAUAUCUCCCUUUCUACCUCCUAAUGAAGAACUUGUUGGAUGUGUAGGUUAAAAGGAUGAAAUAAAAAUCAUGAUCAGUAUAUUCUAAUAUUGAAUUGUUUCAAAUUUCCUGAGCAUGUUUAGGUCUUCGUUCUUUGAGGGACCUGUUUAUAGGUGAGAAGGUAGAGUAUAUAUCCUCUGCCUCCCCCAGCCCACAUCACACAGGUAGCCAGUGUCUUUGCACUUAGCACAGGUUACUGAAAUUAUGUUUACGUCCUGUCUCUCCCUGAGACUCCUCUCUUCAAAGACAGAAACCAGGGUUUAGUCAUCAGAUGUGUUUCCUGCUUGAAACACUGAGCCUUGAAUAAUGGCUUUCUGCCUCCUCAAGUCUCUUUAAAGUCAACACAGGAAUUAGCCCCUGCCAGGAAGGGCAGGAAAGGAGAAAACUGAACUUCUGCUUUAUUGCUGUGCUGGAGCUCUUUGGACGUUCUGCCCUGGGGGAGUCGUCCCUUAAAUCAAGCCCAAAGUCCAAAAGGCGGAUGGCCAGGUGAUUAGAUGCUGCCCAGUAAGGCCUGUAGCCAAGAAGUAGUGUCCAGCCCACAAGGCUGUGCUUGGGGAAAAGCCAAGCAAAGGAGGUUCCAGCCCAGGCUGACCCUUCUCAGGGCUUCCUAGCUUCCUUCCUGGGCUAAACUCAGGAUUUCUUGCACCCUCUGGGAAAAGAAGAGAUUCUUCUAAACCAAAAAGAGUACAUUUCAUUAUUCUAAUACUCUGUGUUAGAUGGAUAAACAUCAGUGCCCUGCUUCGUCUGUCCUGUAGGCCAGAGAAGAUGGUAAAAGUGGGAGGAUGUACUCGAGAACACAGUCAAAGACUAUUCCUAUAAAUAUUUCACAAAAGACAAGUUCACAGGACUAAGCAGGAGGAUGGAACAGGAAGUUAAACUGCAUUAAAAAUAUUCCAUAUUCAUUUGAACACAUUGAGCAGAAUAACUUCGUAUUCCUGACUUUGUCUUGCUUUAAAUACAGACUUGUAUUUGGUGUUCCUGUGCAUUCCAGGUUGCAUGAAGGAGGUUGGGAUUUGAGUGAACAGCAUGAAAAGCUUUUGACCACUGCUCUGGAGACCUCUCCCGCAGGCAAACCCAUUAGAAAUACAUAAAACCUUAAGAUGUGGUUUUGCCCCAAACGCCAGGACUUUAAUGAUGUUAAUUUACCUUUCAUCAAGAAAGAAUAUUUCCUUGAAAAAAAAUGUAAUUUUCUCCUUAUAGUUGGGAAAGAAAAAGAGCAGUGCCUUGAAUUAUGCAGAAUAAACUCUCCAAGAAGUGUACUGUGCUGAUCACAAGGAUAAGAUUCUAAUUUGUCCAAAAGCUUUCUAAAGAGGCUGAGUGUCAAGGACUGCAGGCUUAAGGUCUGCUCUUCUACACCUUAUAACACUGAUUUUUGUCUGGUUUUGUAGUCGUCCAGACUGGACUCCGUGAUUUCAAAGGACUUCACAAUUCUCAUAGCCAAAGGUGAUUCUAAUUCUUUCUGAAGUGCCAAAUGAUAUAUGCAAGCCAGUCAUUUUAGUCUGGGGGAGGGAAAAACAUCACUGAUGGAAAUAGAAAGACAAUUGCACUAGGUAAAUAGUUAGCUUUCGGUGCCUUCUUACUUGAUCUUAAAUGAAUGGGGUUGGGAAUUUGCCUGCUCAAGUCUGGAACUUCAUGAAGAAAACCCUACACUGUGCAUUGGUUUUACCAGUCAUGCUGUAAAGCAGAUAAAACUGAAACACUUUGUAACCACAUAUUUACUUUGCCAAGUGCCUAUAUUCCAAUAAAAUGUUCAUCCUUGAAGAGCUGUCCAGAUGUCAUUUUUAUUUGUAAUGGGGCUUGGUUUAUCUUUUAAGCAAAUGUCAUGGUUGAGGUAGAUGGACCAGCCCUCAAAGAUGAAAAGGUGAGUCACUCUUGUGGGAUUAGGGUGUUUUUAACUUUCCAUCAUCAGUAAAGAAUCCACAGGGAAGACACUUAAUGUCAGUUGUCCUUAUACUUUGAAAAUAUAUCUGCUUAUUUCUCUAGGACUUGGAUUAUGCCCAUAAUACAUUAUUCUUGACAUCACUGAACUGCUAUUCAAACUUAUAUUAA